CCAAUUUUCAAAAAAAAAAAGGAGGUUAGUUUUGUGUUUGACUUUAAGUUGUAGGUCAAUUUUGCAAAAAUCCCAAAAUAGUAACUACUGAUGAAAUACUUAUAUGAACUUAGUGAUAUUUUUUCCAGUUCUAAAAAUGUUUAAAUCAUAAUUUCAGAUUUUGUUCUACAUAAAGUAUAAUUGACAUUCUAUGAAGUAGAAAAUGAAAUCUACUAUGUUUAGAAUACACAUAGAAAUCGCUCUAAAAUGAAAUCUACACAUAGAGAAUGAAAUCUACUAUGUGAUCUAUGUAAAUAAUAGUACUCUAAAAAUAUUUAGAAUAUACAUUACGCGCUUAAUAUAUCGCUUUAAAAUCUGUAGAAAUUAGAAUCUACAUAUUACUAUAAAUCUAAAACAUGUAGAAAUCAAAAUCUACACAUUACUAUAUAUAAAUCUAAAAACAUGUAAAAAACUAUUUUUACAGAUUUACUUUAAAUUUACAACAUGUAGAAAUUGAAAUCUACACAUUACUAUAAAUCUAAGAACCUGUAGAAACCGAGUUCUACAUAUUUAUUGUAUUAUACAGAUAAGAAUAAUCAGUUUCGAAAAAUACGGAAAGAAAAUAUUUGGAAAUAUUCAGCUUCCAUAUAUGAAAAAAUCAAUUUUCAGAAGAAAAAAAAUAUGGGAAGAAAAUAAUCAUUUUUUAUUUGAGGAUUUUUAAUGUUUUUUUUCUUUUAUUUUAAUUAAUUAAUUUAAUUAUUUAUUAUAUUUUAAUAUUUAGCAAUUGUUUUGUUAAUUGUAAUUUCAAAUUUAUAACUGAAACUUAGAGCAUUAUUGUUAUUUUGAAAAUAAUCAGCUUAAUAGAUAUAAAAUAUAUGAGAUUAGUCUAAUGGAAUAUAAUUACCUUUUUUUGGUUUAGAAAAACAUUUUUUCUAAAUAUUUAGCUGGCAUCAUUUUGAUUUUUUUAGACCUAUGUUAGUAGAAGUGCAGUAUAUAUAUGAUGGCAAUAAGUUCGUUAGGAAGCAAAAAGCUUCAAUCUAUUUCAGUUUCACCACUGUUGACGAAGAACAUCUCUUCUCCCAGUUUCUGCGAUGGAAGUUGUACAAUCGGACCCAGCCCAGGAUCCGGAAACCCGGUACGUUCCACGUUGCUGCUCGUGUUUCCCCACCUUCCGAUCAAGAAGCUCCGCAUACUCCUCCUGGGGAAGAAUUCGGAGCGUUGAUGAUAAUCACAGCGUUGACCGCGGAGACGAUCCACCGUGGUGGAAACGGGCGGCUCUUAAGAUCCGAGAGUGGUCUGAAAUCGUAGCUGGUCCACGUUGGAAGACUUUCAUUCGCCGAUUCAACCGCGAUCCACGUCGCGGCCGCGAUUGGGACGCCAGCGAGAAGUUUCAGUACGAUCCUUUGAGUUACUCUUUAAAUUUCGACGACGACGACGAGGACGACGAGUACGUCGGUUUGGGUGGAUUCCGAAGCUUCUCCACUCGCUACGCUUCCGUUCCGGUCUCCUCAGGAAAAUCUCUGGCGGUUCCGCCGCGUAACGAGGUAUCGAAGAGUUAGUGGGCGCGUGUACGAAACGCGUUUGCGUUACUGGCGGCGGCGACGGAAAGGCUGUCAAGUUCGUUGACUGUCGCGUUAAUUGCGUUUCCUUUAAUUCUGUUUAUAAUAAUUAAAAAUACGAUCAACGUUGAAUUAUUUACUUUUCAUCUUCGAAUUAAUUUUUUCCAGACGUUUUGUUUUGUUUCUUUUUUUGGGGAUACUGAAUUUGAAACGGUUGAUGCAAUGAGGUAAAUUAGCUGUACAGAUAUGUGGAAGUAAUGUUUAAGUUCAUCAUUUGAUUUAAACGAUGAUAAAGUAUUAUAAUUAGUUGUUUGGUAUGAUUUCAGCAUUUUAAUAUUCCACGUUGGCUUUUUAAUGGUGAGGGUUUAGUUUAUCCAUAACCUGUUAAUAAUGAACAAUGAUAAUUGCUGAUUCAUAUGAAACUCAUCAUGUAGUUAUAAGUGUGAAAGCAUUCUCACUACUCAAAAUUUAUGUAUGUGUGACUGUGUCCAUCUCUAUCUACUCAUUCCCUAAUAUUGGAUGUAUGUCACAAAAUUACACAAAAGGCCAUAGUUCGAUUUGAUCAAUCACUGGACCACAAGACAAACAUUCUCACAAAACUGGAAGAAGAUCUGUCAGGAACACUAAACAGUAAACAAUCAAAUCAUAAGCAUCUAUCAUAACAAUAUAACCCUGAGGAGGCUUGUAUUUCAAUUAAAUCGACAAGUGCAUUAUAAAAUCAAAUACGGCCCAUAUUGAUUCAUCGGCCCGCUGCACUUGUUAACUUCAAAUCAAAGUGCGUGAGUUUAACCACUAUUGUGACGUUGUGACACUAGUUUAUUUUUGGAAUCUUAUGAUAUCUAGAGUUGUUGUUGUCCCAAAAAAAAACCUGAUAUCCAGAGUUGCAUGAUUAAGUAGAUGUAUAAUGUAUUUCAAUAUGAAAGGUAUAGUUGAAUAAUAAUUAGUUUCAUUUCAGUAUUCUUUUCACUAAGCAUGUUAUUUGAUUUAUUCUAUGUUUUGUCAAUUUAUUGAAUAUCAGCCACCUAAGAUUUUAUUUAUUUAAAGAGUCUUAAUUUGGAAGUGUUGUUGGUGGGAAUAACUUGUAGUAAAAUACUAAAAACAAUACACCUUUAAACUAAAGAGCAAAAGCCCCGUGGUCCUCUCCUUGUGAACACCUCUCCAGGUAACAUACUUCUGCGUUUCAUAGUUAUGGUGGUUGCGUCGAUGUAGUCGUAGGUAUUACUCUACUCCAAUAAUUAGUUUAUUUUAUAAAAAUAUAUCUUAUAUAUAAUUUGUUAAUCAUUUAUCUACAUUUUUGGUAGAUAUCCUCACACAAGUUUGGCUCCAACUCCCCACUAUAAAUCAUUAUCUAAACACAUAUAAGUAAUAUGCACUUUUACUUUCUAAACCAGAACUUGUACAAGUUGCUAUGAACCUUUGUGAAAAGUUGGAUUUUUUUAUUAAUGGUAGUUGCCAACGAAAUUCUUGUUGGCCGAUAUUACAUUAUUGAGUUAAAAUUCGAUGAUAGUUUUUAUUUAAAAAAAAUAUAGGUCCACAUAAAAGGCCAGUUUAUCCAAAUAUAUUUAAUAAAGGGAAGUUUACUAAAAUGACACAAAGUCAUGGUUUAAUUAUUAGUAAUGGCCAAAUUGUAACUUUGCAUGUUUCAAGAGUUAUUCUAGUUAUUUCAAAAUUAUAUGAAUGAGAAUAUCUAUACUAUACUAAAAGGAGUAUAUAAGCUCCUUUUAGAGUGUCCACAUAGGCACAAAAAAUCGUCCAAUCAGAGAGCUCGAAGUUGCAACGUCAUAUCAUUUAUUUUUUCGUAAAAAAUAAAAAAACAAUGCAAAGGAGAGGAUCGAACCCGGGUUAGUAUGACAUAAAUAUAGGGCAAAUACCACUAAUCCAUUGAAACUUUCUUGAACACAUAUACAA